GCCAUUACUAGAAAAGCUGCUAUCUAUUACAGCCCUGAAUGCCUUCGUGUGUAGCUACAAGAGGAAAAAGCUUGGACUGAUUCAAAAACUCUGGCCAAUCCCGAGUCACAUGACUCAACCACCGGCAGGGAUAGAGAGCGCAAAAGGGACGCAGAGCCUCGGUAUAUACAAGCCUGCACACCACCAAUCCACCACCGCUAUACGCCCAAUUUCUUUUUAAUUGAAACCUUUUACUCCCGCUCGUGUUUCUCUGGUGUUGGAGGCUGUCACGUCUCCGAAGGCGCAAAAAUAACAGUUUUGAUUUUCGUCUUUGAGGAUUUUGCUUUUCUAAUAGCAGGCAGUGCUGCAGGACUAGGAUGACUGGGAAGACCCAGACCAGCAAUGUUACCAACAAGAAUGACCCGCGCUCCCUCAACUCCCGCGUCUUUAUUGGCAAUCUCAACACGGCUGUGGUAACCAAGGCCGACAUCGAGGCCAUCUUUGCCAAAUACGGCAAGAUUGUGGGCUGCUCGGUGCACAAGGGCUACGCCUUCGUCCAGUACGCCAGCGAGAGGAACGCCAGGGCAGCCGUGGCCGGGGAGAACACCAGGGUCAUCGCGGGACAAUCACUAGAUAUCAACAUGGCAGGAGAGCCAAAACCAUACAGGCCUAAGAUGGUCUCCAAGAGGCCUCUCUCGUCCCUCUACAGUGGCUACGAGUUUGACUAUGACUACUACAGAGACGAUUUCUACAGCAGACUCUUUGAGUACCACGGUCGUGUCGCGCCCCCCACCCGGGCUGUGAUCCCCAUCAAGCGCUCGCGGCUAGUUGUCCCGUCCACACGCAGAGCUAAAUCCUCCUUUCCAGUCAGGGCCUGCUCUUCCUCCUCUUCCUCCUCCUCUUCCUCCUCCCGAGCGCUCAAUGUCAGCUCUUCCAUCACAGCCCCGAAACUGAAGACAGACCAGCUUCUAACGAUCAAAAAGGAGCUGUCACAGAUCAAAACCAAAAUCGACUCACUGCUGGGAAGGCUGGACAAGAUUGAGAGGCAACAUCGCUCUGACAGCGACAUGCAGAGGAAACAAGAGGAAGUGUGUGAGCGUCUCCAUGGUGACGCAGCAGACCACUCUGGCGGAGAGGAAGCGGAGGGGACAGCCGAGGUGGAGGCGGGGGAGAUGACGGACGGCGGCGAAGAUGACUUUGAAGAUGAAGGCACCAGCGAUAUGAUAGAGAACCACAUAUCGGACAUUGACAACUGAGUAAGCUGGGAAAAUGAAGCGUAGAGUGCCCGGAGUUGGGAGAACAGAAACCAGCAAAACCUUUUUAAUCAAGAAGGUGUGUUAGAUAUUAAAGGAAAGCAAUGUCGGGAGUGACUGACAGCAGAGGAAGAGUUUUCCAAACUUCGUUUGUUGCUUGUUUGUGUCAUUAGAACACGACACUCCUGACGUGUACAUCAUCAAAAUGCUGGUUAUGAAUAUUCUCCAGACUACUGUAAGAUCAACUGCAAAGAGCAAUCGAUAAUUUCCCUUCAAACUGAUUGCCUCUCUGAAAAAUAAGGACAAUAUAUAGUGUGCUUAAUAUAUUAUGUAUUGUGCAUUAAAAAUACAGUUAUGUGAUAAAUCAGACGAACCAUCAAACACCUUCCUUUUGUUGUACCACAAAUGUAUGUUUGUUCUGUUUGUGUGCGUUUGAAAACUGUGACGAGCCGCACCGCCGGCAGAGAGCUAAAUAUGAAUGUAAGAGGAACACGUUUUCUUUGACACUUGAUUAUUAUGUGAUUUUUUUUUUUUGCUUUAUUUGUACAUUUGGCUGAAAUGUACAGUAUGUAAAUGUAUUCACAAUGCCUCCACACAGUAUUGUAUGCAUAUCAUGUUUGUCACUUGCUAUCCAUAAUAAGAUGAAUUUCUGUUUACGUUCUGUUUAUGGGAAACAAAAGAUGACUAUUUUGUACGAUCAGCAUGUUAAAAAUGUAGCUAUUAUGGAUCAUUUGUAUUCAUUGCAUCUGUUGUACAGCUAUGGAUGAUAUCAGUUUUUGAAAUAAACCGUCUCCCCCCCUCCCACA